AUUGGAACGUUUUCAUCCGGACUUUUCGGAGCCAGAAUUUCGUGUACAUCCCAUAACGUGUUUCCCUGUUCAGAUUGUGCAAUGGCAGAACAAUCUGAGAACACAACCAAUAUAGAUGCUAUUGCCGACACUGAAGCGCAGGAAAUAUCAACUACAGAUGACAUAGCUGAAGAUGCUGAACAAGAGCAAACGACACAAAGACCAGAUAUAUCUGAAAACAUUGCGCAUUCCGCAGAUGAAGAUAAUGCCAAUGUUGCCGAUGAUAGUUCCCCCGCCGAAAAUCUCAGAAACGUAGGAUCAGCACAUGGGGCUGAAGCCAGAGAACUACAACUCUCGUCGACAAAGUUCAAUCAAGAGACACCCCAUUUGGAACCUGAAGCGCCUGAUGCCAAUACAGAUAACCUUCCUGCGAGUAUGGAGGAGCAAGAAACGGAGGAGGAACCCCCAGUAAACACUGCGGAGGAGGGAUCAGUCCAAGAGUUUGUGGAGAGAAACUCGAUAGAAAUCAACGACCAACUAGAAAAUGUAGCCAGUGCAGAUCAGGAAGCGCCAGAUCCAGUGAACCCCAUCAACAAGGAAAGUGAGAUUACAUUAGCAGAGCCUGAUAUUGGCGCGGACCGCAUUCUCCCACCCGAACAAGGAGACGCACCAACGGAAUCUCACGAAAAAGAAGUGGGGGAUACUGAUGAUCGCGAGCUACCACGUAUUGAUGGAGAUGAACCAAGUACAACGAGCUCGCAUGACGGAGAAGUAGGAAAUAUUGAUGAUCGCGAGCUCCCGCGUAUUGAUGGAGAUGAAUCAAGUACAACGAGCUCCCAUGACGGAGAAGUGGGGAAAACUGAUGAUCGCGAGUUACCGCAGGAAGGUGAACCAAGUGCGGGAUUGGAAGGUACCGAAACCCUUGCGGAGGUCAUACACGACAAUCAAUCGGGUGUAGGCGAAGAGGAGCACAAUGAGCUAAAUGCACCUCUGCCACUAAUUCCACCACCAAUUGAACGCCAAGAUCCAACAACCGAGGAGGAAGUAGGCGUGCCGGCUGAGGAAUCAUCUGUUGAACCGCAUGACCAGACUGUUGACAGUACAGAGGUCCCGGAAUCGGAAAGUGGCACCAAGGGCGAGGGCAUCGAUACCACGGAUGAAGAAAACGAACGUGAAGCAAAAGAGGCACCGCAUAAGGAUACGGAGGAUGGUCUCGCUGUCCAGUCGAAAGACGUUCCGACACCUACCCCAUCGGCUUCAGAAGAACGACCCUUUUUGGAGAAGGUGGCUUCCCAGACUUUGCGCACCGUAAUUUCCCGACCGCCGUCAUCGGGUGACCCUGACAUUUUACCUGGCGCAGAUGUGGAUGCACCGCAGACAUCAGAACCUGCCGAGACUGAUCAAAAUAUGGCUAAUGAAAUCGUAUCGAGUCAAUAUGCCUCUCUACCAAAUGAGGAAAGCCAGUCACAGAGCGCGGUUCCUGGGGAAAGCACAAGGGUGAACACGGCAGAAUCCACCGCGAGUGCAAUUAUAGGGGAAGGCCCCUCGUCCCAUAUGGUGCCCGCCGGAACUGACGAACAAUUCAACCUAGAAUCAACGUUGGGACAGUCAGUAGAGACCCUCAACGGUGGUGAGCGACCGUAUUCGGCAGUUCCAAGUCAACUGGUGGAGAAUCAAAAUUCUGACGAUGAAGUUGUCCAACCCAGUGAAAAUCCUUCACAAGAAUUAAUUGACCAGCAGCAGUCCAGUCAAGGGACCACCGAACAAGAGUAUUUGGAUGGCGGAAUGAGAACUGGCACAAUGAGCUCCACAGUAUCACUUGAUAUGCCCAUGGACGUCCUACGAGCGCUAGAGGCACAGCUUGACGUGCUGAAUGCAGAGAAAGCUAAUCUACGUGGAAGCGUUUUGCAAUUGGAAGCCGAAAGGACGAUACACAUCGCAACCAUAACUAACCUGACAAAUAACAACGAACAACUGUCUAGGGACUUGUCUCUCGCACUAUCAGAAAAGCAAGCACUAUUCCAGGAGGUUCAAGACCUCACAAAGACCCUCACGUACCUACAAGAAAAGCUGUCGCAAAUCGAGACCCGCCCACCGCUUCCUGCAAAGAGCGCCGGGGUAGGUGCCGAGCUCAGACAACAGCUGCGAGUAGCAGAGGAAAGGAUUGCGAAGCUUCAAAAGGAAAACGAUGCGCUCCGCGCACAGAAGCUUCAGCUGCUUGAUAAAGCCUUGGAUCUCAAGAUGAAACUUAAAACCCAAUCAACAGACGCAGCACAACAGGCAUUAGGCCCGCGAAUAACAGUAACAGGCGGAAAAGCUCCGCUUCUCCAGAGAUUUAAGAAACUGCCUGACAUAGGUAGCGCAGCUUCGGAACGUUAGUUCCGUAAUAGUCAGAGCACGCUAGCAAUUUUGAGCUGUAGGUUCCAAGUAGUCAGAAUAGAACAGGAGCACGUUUUAUUAUCCACGUUUAAACAAAGGGAGAGAACAU